AUGGGUUACCAACAGCAUAGACGUCUUUGCCCCUCUCUUUCUCCACCCACUCACAGCGACGAAUCCCUCGGCAAGCACCUCCCACACAGACAUAUCGGCAAGCACCAGAAACAUCUCGGCGGUCGCGGAAACGCUGGAGGUAUAGACCACCACCGAAUCCUCUUCGACAAGUACCAUCCUGGUUACUUCGGAAAGGUCGGUAUGAGGACAAGGCCAAAGGGUGUCUUGCCCAGUGAUCAGCCGGUGGUUGUCAAGUCUAAGCUCAUUUCCAAGAUUGCUGAGAAGAAAAUUAAGGAGGCUGGUGGUGCUGUGGUCCUCACCGCGUAG